UCCGACACACGGACUUGUGUGCCCUUUGGACAACCACGCUGCAGGCGGCAACAGACCAGGUUACCAUUUCGAUGUAACAAUUUCGUAUGAAAGGGAGAUAUCCGAAGGUGAAGUAAAUAUUUUAAUUACAAAGAAAGAACGCUUAUUUGAAGCCUUUGAAACCACGAGAGUCGCCGAAUCCAGCACGUAUUGGGAAGAAAGGACAGCGGACCCGAGUUCCAAAACCACGGACAGUUAUUUGCGUCUUUCCACCAAAAUACAUGCUCAGAUUUACUUCGCUGGCAGGUUUACUUGGCUGUUCAAUAGCAAAGUAAUUUUGGAUUUCUGGGACCUUAAACGUGGGGCGUGAACCCAAAAACACAGAACAUUUCAAGAAGUCCCGUUCACCGGAGUCCGUGUGGAUGUGUAAUCUACAGUAUGAGCAAUCAUUUGCUUUUGAAUGAUGAGCAAUUGGAACGCACAAGAUUUACGAGGAAAAUUGGAAUUGUAAUGAUUUUUGACCUUUAAACCAACAUAGGAUUUUAUUGAGGAAUCUAAAAAGAAAGCGAUAAUGAUUCUGGCAACUUUGUACAUCAUGUUGCCUGUUCUGGAUAUAAUAUCCUCCACCAAGUCGGACAGAAUGCGCAGCGGCAGACUGGACUGUGUGGAGGCGAACGGGCAGUGUUUGGGAGAGUAUGGCUGCAGCGCAAAGUAUCGCACCAUGAGGCAGUGCGUGUCGGGGAAGUUAACGGACAACUACACCAUGCUGGCCGGGGCCGACGCGCAGGACGAGUGCCGUAGCGCCAUGGACGCUAUGAAACAAAGCCCCCUGUACAAUUGCAAGUGUAAGCGGGGCAUGAAGAAGGAAAAAAACUGCCUGCGUAUUUACUGGAGUAUCUAUCAGAGUUUACAAGGAAAUGAUUUGGUCUCCGUGGAGGACUCUCCGUACGAGCCAUCGAGCAGCCGCCUCUCGGAUAUAUUCCGCUUGGCUCCUAUGGUGUCAGGGGAGUCGGCGCUGACCAGGGAAAACAACUGCCUGAACGCGGCCAAGGCGUGCAACCUGAACGACACGUGCAAGAAGUACCGCUCGGGCUACAUCAACCCGUGCACCACGCGCGUCUCCACCGCCGAGGUGUGCAACAAGCGCAAGUGCCACAAGGCGCUGCGGCAGUUCUUCGACAAGGUGCCCGCCAAGCACAGCUACGGCAUGCUCUUCUGCUCGUGCCCGGCCGGCGCCAACGUGGGCUGCAGCGAGCGGCGGCGCCAGACCAUCGUGCCCAUCUGCUCGUACGAGGACCGUGACAUGCCCAACUGCCUGGCGCUGCAGGCCACCUGCAAGACUAACUACAUCUGCAGGUCUCGUCUGGCUGACUUCUUCGCCAACUGCCAGUCUGAACCGCGUUCCGUCUCCGGCUGUCUGAAGGAGAGCUAUGCCGACUGUCUCCUGGCCUACUCUGGCCUCAUCGGUACGGUGAUGACGCCCAACUACCUGCGCACGGCCGCCAUCAGCGUGUCGCCAUGGUGCAACUGCAGCGGCAGCGGCAACGCCAAGGCCGAGUGCGAGACCUUCACCGAGUUCUUCACCGACAACCGCUGCCUCCGUAAUGCCAUCCAAGCCUUUGGGAACGGUACAGAUGUUGGGGUGUGGCAGCCUCAGCCCCCAGUCCACCCCACGCCCCAGAACCCCAACACCCCACCCCGGGGCCGGGACAAGAGCAACGCCGUGGACGACCCCUCCCUGUCCAACCACCUGGACCUGGGGGAGGACGCCAUGUUCCGCUUCUGUGGGAACCUGCAGGCUCAGAAGCUGAAGUCAAACGCAACGCUGGACACGUCUCUGUGUGUGCUCGACGACCACAGCACCUCCAACUCCAUCGUCCAGAACGCGGCGGUGGCGACUGCUCCUCUCCCCGGCCCGGGCCUCCUCCUCCUCCUCCUGCUGCUGCUCCCCGUCACCACCUCCUGCCUCCUCCAGCUCCAGCCUGCUCCUGCCUCCUCCCUGCUCACGGCUCUGCUGGGCUUGUAGCCGCCUCCGCAGGGGGACCAGUCGGUCGAGCAGAGCUGGGCCUCUGUACCAUACUCCGUAUAUAGCGUCAUCCAUUUUUAUUAUUAUUAUUAUUAUUAUUAUUAUCAGGUUUUGUUUUCUUUUUUCUUUUAUUUUCCUGUCUUCUGCGAGUGAUACUGUCCAAGGUGUGAUGUUGUAGGUGUGUGCCGGCGUCAUACCGGGUCCAGCUGCUUUUAUUUUUUUAUUUUUUUAAAAAACGUGUCAAGACACAUGCCAGAUGGACUGACGAGAGGCGGUUUUACGGAGACUGGGUUCAGAGGGAGAGAUAGAUGGAGCGGAGAACGUCUUUUUCUUUACGGUUUCGACGCUUGAGAGACACGCGCUUCUUUUCUGUUUUCGAACUCUCAGCAAGACGAUGGACUAAUGGCUAUGCUUGUAUACCGAGUCUGUCGGAGGUUACGAGGAAAAACUAUAUUUUCUGCCAUGGGUUGCCAGCUCGUGACUUACCUUAUAGAAGUUAUGGACAGCACAGUGGCGACAGUGAUUUGAGCUUCUGUGGAAUUUGAUGCUGGGCCCCCCCCCCCCCCCAACCACUGUACCUCAUGAAAGCAGUGUCACCUCUCUGCAUCAACUCAUCUGCUCAUCCUUGGCACACUUUUAACGAGAAAAAAAAUAUAUGACAUUACCUCCCAUUAUGGCUCCUGUUUGGAUAUCACCCACUGGCUGAACAUCAUACCUUGCACGCAAUGGCUUCUUCCCAAUCAUUACGCAGGGGUCAGUUGUGCCACCUCACCAUGCGACACGUGACCCUCAUGUGACCGCAACGCAUAUCUGCCUGGACUGUCCACGAAAGCACAGAAAGACAAAGACUGCACACGUGUUACGCGCGGGAGAGUUUAAAAGGGUGGAGCCCGUAAAGCCAAAGUAAUGGGAAACGGUAACGACGGCCUGGCGUCCUCUUGAUAUGGAUACAAACGGGCCGUUAAAAGACUUGCUCUGUUCACGAUGCCAAGAGCCUUUCUCCUCAGGCUGAAUAUGACAAAUCCACAGUGGGGAAAAAGGAACACAAGUGAUAAAAGUCCGAUGGCAGACAGCCAUUCAGUAGUCGACAUUUUUGCGCCAUCUUCUUUGCAGAUGUGUGUAUGAUCCAUGACAGUCAUUCACUUGUACAGCGAAAUAGCGAGUUCACUAAAUAUCUCUUGUGUUCGUAGUUCCUGGAUUUCUUUCUUUGACUGAGCAUAUACGUUUUAUGACCUCUUUAUGAUAUUCGAUUGUCUAUAUGUCAUGUAAAAUAUCAUCUGUUGUGUUAUGAUAGUCAACAACGUUGGACCACUGAAAUGAGUUGCAGGCUACGCUUGUUUAGCUCAGUUCACUGUAGCCAUGAUAUGUAGUGUAAUGUUCAAUAAGUGAUCAAUGGUUAUUUCAUUAUUUCAGGUGCUGAUGAAAUAUCAUUUCUGUAUAGUUGUGGUAAUGUUAAUCUGUUAAAAAAAAAGUAUAAGGGCCAGUAAGAAACAUACGGUUAUGGACUAACUUACUCAUACAAUUAGAUAAGUUAACAGAAAUGCCCUCUUGUAUGGCUUUUGUGCUCAAAGAAA